GAGGCGGCGCGCGCUGCCGGCGCGGCUCCCAAGAUGGCGGCGGGUGCGUGAGCGGGGCGGUCGGGGAGGCCCGGCGGGAGCGCGGCCGCCGCCGCCAUGAAGGGCAAGGAGCGCUCGCCCGCCAAGGCCAAGCGCUCCCGGGGCGGCGAGGACUCGGCGUCCUCCUCCUCCUCCUCGCGAGGCAGCAAGAAGCCGAGCGGCUCGUCCGGCGGAGGCGGCGGCUCCAACGGCGGGAAAGCGGCGGCGGCGUCCGGCGAGAGCAACAGCGGGAGCGGCCGGCGCGGCGCCCACGCGGACAAGGGCGGCCGCGCCGGCAGCCGCGAGUACGAGACCGGUUCGGCGGCGGCCGCGGGCGGCGGGAGCCGGCACGGCUACAGCGGUAAAACCGCGGAGGCGUCGCGGAGCAGCAGCAGCCGCGGCGGUGAAUCGCGGGCGGCCGCCGCCUCCUCCUCCUCCUCCUCGUCGGAGCCGGGCGGCGGCGAGUACAAGACGCUGAAGAUCAGCGAGCUGGGCUCGGCGCUGAGCGACGAGGCCGUGGAGGACGGGCUUUUCCACGAGUUCAAGCGCUUCGGGGACGUGAGCGUCAAGAUCAGCCGGCUCCCACCCGGCGCCGGCGCCGCCGACGAGCGCGUGGCCUUCGUCAACUUCCGGCGGCCCGAGGACGCGCGCGCCGCCAAGCACGCCCGCGGCCGCCUCGUGCUCUACGACCGCCCGCUCAAGAUCGAGGCCGUCUAUGUCGGCGGAGGCAGCGGCCGCCGGCGCAGCAGCCGCUCCCCGGCGCUGCUGGACAAGGAGUCUCCCUACGGCGCGGCGGCGGUCGGGGCGGUGGCGGCGGCCGUGCGGCACCCGCCGGCCGGGGCCGCGCAGCGGGCGCUGUCCCCCGCGGGCAGCGGCGGAGCUUUGGGAUACCGGGACUACCGGCUGCAGCAGCUCGCCCUGGGCCGGCUCCCGCCGCCGCCGCCGCUGCCGAGGGAGCUGGAGAGGGAGCGGGACUACGGCGGCUUCUACGAGGCGCGGGUGCGGCCGGCCUACGGGCUGGAGCGCGUGGCCGGCGUGGCGGCGGCCGGGGGGUUCCGUGGAGGAGGAGGAGGAGGUGCCGGAGCGGCCGGAGAGGAGGAGAUCAGCCCCGAGGAUGACCAGAGAGCCAACCGCACGCUGUUCCUGGGCAACCUGGACAUCACCGUGAGCGAGUCGGACUUGCGGCGAGCGUUCGACCGUUUUGGGGUCAUCACUGAGGUGGACAUCAAGAGGCCGGGGCGUGGGCAGACCAGCACCUAUGGGUUUCUUAAGUUUGAGAAUCUGGACAUGGCGCACCGGGCCAAGUUGGCCAUGUCGGGGAAGGUGCUGCUGCGCAACCCCAUCAAGAUCGGGUACGGGAAAGCCACCCCGACCACCCGGCUCUGGGUGGGUGGCCUGGGGCCCUGGGUGCCCCUGGCCGCCCUGGCCAGGGAGUUUGAUCGGUUUGGCACCAUCCGCACGAUCGAUUACCGCAAAGGGGAUUCCUGGGCCUAUAUCCAGUACGAGAGCCUGGACGCGGCGCAGGCAGCCUGCACCCACAUGCGGGGGUUCCCCCUGGGGGGGCCGGAUCGCCGGCUCCGCGUAGACUUUGCCGACACAGAGCAUCGGUACCAGCAGCCCUACCUGCAGCCCCUGCCCUUGCCGCCCCCGGCUCAUUACGAGCUUGUGGCGGAGGCGGCUGCUUUUGGGGCUCACCGGGGAGCCCCCCCUGACCCCCUCCGGGGGGCCCGGGACAGGACGCCACCGUUGCUCUAUAGAGACCGUGACAGAGACCUUUAUCCCGAGACAGAGUGGGUGCCCCCGCCGCCCCCUGUGCGGGACCGGAGUAAUCGGGCAGCUGCCUAUGACCCACUGGAAAGCCUGGAGCGCCGCCGGGAUGGGUGGUCCUUGGAGCGGGACCGCGGGGAGAGGGAGCUGGGCAGUAGCAGUAGGGAUCAGCCUAGGAAACGGAGACUGGCGGAGGAUGGAGGCCGGCACUUGGACCGUUCCCCUGACAGCGAGCGCUCCUCUUCCUCCCGAAAGCGCCACUGCUUGGCCACAACCUCUCCCCCGGACCGCAGCCCCGAGCUCCUCGGAGGCCGGGAGCGUUACAGUAGUGACCCUGAGCGCUCAUCCCGCUUGCUCCUCUUGGAGCGGCCUUCCCCCAUCCGGGAGUCCCGCCGGGGCAGCCUGGAGCGGGGGCAGAACGAAAAGCGAGACCGUAAGAAUUCCGCGGAGCGGGAGCGCAAGCAUCGCGCCGCCGCCGCCCAGGAGUGCAAAAGUCCGGCCAAAAAGGACGAGCGGGCGGCGGAGGGAGGUGGCGGAGGCUCCCGGCUCAAACCUCCUCCCCAGAAACAGCAGCAGGAUGGAGCAGCGCAGGCCGGGGCAGCGCCCAAGCUGUGCCUGGCUUGGCAGGGGAUGCUCCUGCUGAAGAACAGCAACUUCCCGUCCAACAUGCACCUGCUCCAGGGGGACCUCGGAGUCGCCAGCAGCCUCCUCGUGGAGGGAGCGACUGGGGGGAAAGUGGCUCAGCUCAAGAUCACCCAGCGUCUCCGUCUGGACCAGCCCAAGUUGGACGAGGUCAACCGGCGCAUCAAGGUGGCGGGUCCCAACGGAUACGCCAUCCUUCUGGCCGUGCCCGGCGCCUCAGACAGCCGCUCCGCAGCCGGAGCUGCCGAGGCCGCCACCACCUCCACGCAGAGGCCGCUCAGGAAUCUGGUGUCCUACCUAAAGCAAAAGCAGGCUGCUGGGGUGAUCAGCCUCCCUGUGGGGGGGAACAAAGACAAGGAGAACAGCGGGGUCCUGCACGCCUUUCCGCCCUGCGAUUUCUCCCAGCAGUUCCUGGACUCCACGGCCAAGGCGUUGGCCAAAUCAGAGGACGACUAUCUGGUCAUGAUCAUUGUCCGUGGGGCAUCCUAAGGCCCUCCUGUUCUGUUCCCAGCCCUACCUACUCCUCCAUGCAGCCCCUCCAGCGUGUGCCAGCAAGUCCCAAGAGCUCAUCCUUGAGAGAGCUCCAAACAGAACAGACCAGAUUUAAAGCACUCAGUGGAAAUGGAAAACCACACUUUAAUAACAGACUGGUGUCAGCCCCUCUUUUGAGUCCUUGAAAUUCCGUGUUGGCCCCAGGCCAGCGGCCCUUUGGCCCGUGGGAUCCCUUCCCUCGGGAGCCGCAGUGGUUUCCCCGUUGAGUCGCGUGGCUCAAGGUCGACGUUUUUCAGGUGAGCAGCAGCUGCUCUCGGGUACACAGCAGAACACUGAAUUCCUUUUUGGAAAGGGGUUCCUUUUUCAUCCAGCCCCCCAGGUGCAUGCACUGAAACUGGGCUUUUUAACAGGUGUAUUUCCCUGAUUUCCCGCUGUAUCCCAUAUGUGCACUUUGGGUUUGUAGCAGUGACGAGGUUUGGUGAAGAGCUGAGGACUUUGUUGCAAACCAGGAAUGUCUUGUGCUCACUCUGGUGUGCAGGAAACAAGGAGGUGCUUUAAGGAGAACUUGAGUUAUAUUGUGGGGUUUUGGUUUUACUGCCUUUUUUGUUUUGUUUUGUUUUUUGGGUUUUUUUUCCCAAGAGUUGCAGGUUCAGUGGGGUCUGGUUCCACAGGGCAAACUGAGCAAGGAAGUGCUUCUCUCCAGAGAUGCUUUUCAUUCUGUGAUAAUUUAAUUACAUAAAAGUUCUCAUUAACAUUUUACCUCUUUGUUAAUAGCAAGGAGCUGCUGUCUGCUAGGGACUUUUCAGGUACAGUGUGCAGUGGGCAUUACAUGAGGUUUAUCACGGGCACCUGGAGUAAAGUGGUUUUAGCAUCUUGGAGAAAUACUAAAAAUCCUCCAAGACACUGAGGUUUGAGCUCUUGUUCUUGUGAUUCAAAGAUGAAACGGUUUGCAGGUUGUUUUUUGUUUUGUUUUUUUCAAAGAACAUAGUUAAUUUUUUCUUAUUUUUCCCCAAUUAUUGGGCACUUUUCUCCAGCUGUCUUAGCCACCUUGGUAAUCCAGGCAUUUAGGAGGCAAGAAGGGAUCUCAAUCCCUGAUGGGAUCUAAUUCCAUGAUACUCUGUUUACCAGCAAAAAGGAUGUUGCAGCAGCUUCUAAAACUGAAGUGUAAAUCUCACUGUAUCUCUUUACAGGCCCCAAAAUUGUUAUCUUGCACUUAAACCCAGAAUGUAAUCUUGCACUUAGCCACGUUUUCAGGGAUUUGGGCAACGGAGAAGAGACGCUGCCUCACUAGGUCCAUGCUCCAAUAGAUUCCGUGGAUAAUUGAUACAGGCAUGGGUUGAUUUCUGUUACAACUUGCAUGGCAAAAAUCAAAUUCAAGGUGUGAGAUAGAAUGCAAAUAGGAGAUGAAGGAGGAAAUGUUUUGAAUGUAUUUCAUGGGUGUAACUGAACUUGCUUGAGUUUCUGUCACAAAAAUAGGAAUUUUUAUUACUGAACCACUUGUCAGAGAGGGCUGUGGUUUAAGAGGGCUUUGAUUCCUUUAUCUGGCCAGAAUGAGUGCACCCAGAAUCCCAAACAUCGUGGUGAACUGAGAAUUCCAAUGUGGCAGCAUCUCUUAAACACAGUUUUUAUAGUUACUUUUCUUUCUAAAUGAAAAGGUGAAAGCCUCAUUUAAUGCUCUUAAAUUUGAGAGUAAACCCCAGGAUUUCUGGGUUGUCCUUCAAUGUGAAUGUAAGAAAUGGCAGAAUUCAGCUGUUCAGCUUACUAUUAACAAUGAGAAUUUUUGGGAAUGGCACCAGAAAUGCAAAUCACUGUGUUUAAGAAGCUGCAGCGUGUUUACCACUUACUGCAAAGAAUGUUUCAAUUGGAGCAGGUGCCUGUUGUGUGUCAGCAGGUGAUCAAUGCUUGCAUUCAGAGGGAGUUUUCUCAUUUCAUCUGACAGAAAUCACUUCAAGAGUUCUCUAGGAAAGAGACUUGAAUAGCUGGGAAUUUAAAUCUGCCCAAAACCGGGGGGGAAAAAAAAAAAGCACUGAAGUUUAUGUUGGACACUUAAAGUCACUGAGAGCAGCGUUUGUUCCGCUGAUCCACAGCAGGCACCUGCUUAAAAACCCAUAAAACUUGGGGUCAGCAUAGCUUGUGAAAGCCAGCUUGGUUUGGGAAGUUUUUUGGGAAGAGCAUGCUAGGUGCACUUCCACUUUUCCUUGGAAAAUCACCGUGGUUCCACCUGCCACUGCCUGUUGUGCUGUGCUGGAGGGCGAGAAGGAACAGGCGAGGCUGUGUUUGACUCCAGGUUUUCUGGUUCCUUAUUUAAUGGAGCACCUGCUUCUUUGAAUCUGGUUUAUUUGUGGUUGCUGCUCUGUUUUGUAAGCAAGGAUUUUACCACCCUUUGAGGGUUCUUGUGGCAAAACUUUGGCAGCUUUUUCUUUUUGCCGGCACUGAAUUCCCGUGCUGCCAUCCCGGGUGCAGCCGGGCGGGCUGGGCUUUCCUCCGUGGUCUGAGCUGUUCCCCAUUGGAGUAACUGUCCACUGAAGCUGGCUUGGCCAGGGCUGAAGGUUUAGGAGCCUGUGGGUGAUACCACUGUGUGCAGAGCAAACCAGAUGUAGCAGUUGUUGGCUCUCUCCUUGUGUCUGGUGAGAGCUCAGUAUUCCCUCCCGACCUCGUGUGCAGCUGAUGUUCUUCUAUUUCAUUAGCGUGUUGAAUUAGCCUGGAAAAAGGAUGCCCUUUUCCUCAAUCAUUUCAUCUUUAUGCUUCGUGCUUUGGGGAAAGAACCUCAAAUGACUCCUAGUUUUGUUUGAGAUUUUUGUUUGUUGUUUUUAUUUCUUUCAAUUGGAAACUUUGUGCAACUCCCUUGGCCUCCAGCCAGUGGCUUUGUUUGCUCCCACAGGAACACCGAGGUUAUCCUCAAUCCAGAGGUUUUAGGGGCACAAAUACCGACACAUCCUUGUCAGCCUCACAGAGAGAAAAGGGCAUUAUUCCCAGGCAAACCUUGCCCUCUCUCUCUUUUGUUUCCUAUAAAGAUGGAAUAUUUUGGUGACAAUUUUCUUGGCCUCUGUGGAGAGCCAAGUUUUACAAAGAACGAGUUUUAAUUUCUCGUGUGGGUUUGGGAACCCUCUGGUUGAUGGUAACUGAGGUGAAAGGCCUGAGGUAUUCAUGGGGAGGAGGAGUGAAUCAAAAUUGUGAAGACAAGUUCAAAAACUCUGAGGACUCAGGGAAAAAUGGCUUGGAAAAUGGUAGUUCCUGGCUGUAAGCAAAACAGUGUUGAGAGCAGCGCUCCUGGGGAGUGCUGUGUACCCAGAGGGGAAGAAAUGGUUGCCACGUGGCUCUAGAGCUUUUGAGGUUCUUUCCCUUUUGUCCCCUUGUUUAUUUCUUCAUAGCACCGAAAGACAGAUAAUCCAAUGAUGGAUAGACUGAACGAUGAGGUGAUUUUUGUAUCAGGCUUAAAGCAGACCAGGUGGUGCAGAGAAUGGUUCAUUGAAUAUUCAUCUUCCUGCAGUUCUGAUUGUGUGAAAACGAUGGCUAGGAGAUAUGACUUGAAUAGUAACAAUUUUAAAUUAUAUUGGGUGUGUCUUUGAUUUGACCUUUUAAUAUUGGCACUGUCUGCUGUUAGAACUGCGCAGCAAAACGAGAGCAAAAGAGCUGUGUAACACUACAUUUCAUGGUUUUAUUGAUGAGUUUCCUUCAGGAAAUACCCAGCGAGGAAAGUCAACCAAAUUAACAAGAAUUAGGUUGGUUUUUCUCCUGGUUAAUGAUUUUGAUGUGUUACUGCAAGUUGAGUAAUCAUCAGUACUGUAAGCCUAGUUUAAUCCUGGUCCAAAAAAGCCCUGCACUACUUGCUUUGCAUCUAUCCCUAGAAGGCGACUUCAUUCCGAGGUUUCAUGCCCGUGGGUGGUUUUGGUGCUUUUUGAAGUCCAAAUAGAAUAUUCAGAAAGGCCUCGUAGCUCUUUACGUUCAUCUGUAUAAUGUAGGGAGGGGAGAAACCCAGAUCUGGUGUACACAUUUGUAUUGAAAUAACAUUUUUUUUUCCUCCUGCAAGCAAAUCUGGUGGACUGCAGAAGACAACCGCAAUGGAUACCAAGCUCUAAUGGACCUUUGGGAAGAGAAGCUGUGGCUUAUGUGGAAUUUACAUGGGCCUCCUGGUGGAAGAAAGCUUAUCUGUUUAGUAUUUGUGCAUUUUACUAAAAUGGCAGCUUUAAAAAAAAAAAAAAAAAAGUUGUGUAUCUGCUAUUGUGAUGCCAAUGCCCGUGUUUUAAGUGGAAAAAAAAAAAAUGACCUCUUUGCUUUGUGCUGUGUACACAAGAUUGCUGGAAAAGUAAAGGAAUACCCUUUUUAUGGCUCACACAGCUUAAAAGUAGCUGUCACUCAAACAUGCGCUCACAGUUGAGCUGAUUUUGUUUCAUUCUAAAUAAAUUGUUUCUUUUGAGGAAAA